UUAUUACCAGUAUAAUUAUUUUCCUACACCCAAUCACCCACCUACCCAGUGACGACGAAUUCUUAAGGACCAUAAGAUUGUCAUAGACUUCAAGUGUAACGUUUUUGUUUUCUUGCAAAAUCCCUCCUCAUCCUCCAUCUAUUUUGUGCAAUUCACAAGUAUAUAUUUGUUAUUACCCUUGUGUCAGGUAACUAAAACAUACACCAAUGACGUCUUUACACAAUAGCGUACCUGAGGGCAAUUACUAUAAUGAGCCAGUAGGAUUGCCAUACUACAAUUCCCAUAAUCAAAAUGGCCAGCCUCCGUUUUACCAAGGAGAUCAAUCUGCUAAUCCUGGCACUUACGAACAGAAUGAACCUUCUUCUCAAUUCUAUGGAGCCAACGGUGCGGCACCCGGUCCCAACAGUGCUGCAGUCGCAUCAUCUGGUUCUGGUCCCCACCGUACUUCACAACAUGGUACUCCAACUUUUGGUCACGAUCCAAAUAGCGUUCUGGCAAAUGUUAACCCAUCCCCACAAGGUUCCACCUCAUCCUCGUCCCACCAGGAGAUUCCGGACGGAGGAUCAAUGGGCAUGGGAAUAAACAUGGCGAUGAAUAUUCCAAUCGAACAACAAGAUGAAGCACCCUCAGAGCAACCUUUUUAUGUGAAUGCUAAGCAGUAUCAUCGAAUUUUGAAAAGGCGUAUAGCCAGAGCCAAAUUGGAAGAAACUUUGAAGAUUGCCAGAACCCGUAAACCAUACCUACACGAAUCACGCCAUAAACAUGCAAUGAGACGGCCAAGAGGUCAAGGUGGCCGGUUCUUAACGGCAGCUGAAAUAGCUGAGAAGGCUCGUUUAGAUAAAUCAAAGGAGUUGGAAGAAAAGAAUAAAGAGGGAUUAUCUGAUAGUAGCAGCAAUGAAAACGAGAAAACGAACGAUGUUAACGUUAAAAAAGAGAAUCUUUUAGGUCUCAUUAACGAGGAUUCUGGUUAGACAUUUUAUUAGACCAUCUUUGUCUUUUUACUUUGUAAUUAUAUUUGUAUUUUAAGUAGGUUCUGUUAAAUUUAGGUUUACUUUUUAAUAUCUUGUUUGGGUCCACACUAUAAGAGGACUUGUAAAGCAUUCUGGGAUUCAAGGGAAAUCUGGCUAACAAUACUACCAUCUACCAAUUUGACCCCAUUGCUCACAAUCUGUUUAAUAUGAUUUAAGUCAUUAUUCUUUAUUUCACUGAGAGGGUCAAAUGGUUCUACUUGUAUGGUCACAAGUUUCGAAAAAUUGGAUCCAAAAGAACCCACAUCCAAGUCCAAUUCACUGAGUGCCACAUUUUUCAAGUCGUCGGCAUUGGCUAUCACAUCCUUGUUUAAACUCAUCAAGCUUGUGGAGCUCUUAGCAAUCUGUUCCAACAAAAUGAUCUUGAGGGUUGAGUUAAUCAAAUCGGAGUUGACUAACUGCAGUAAUCCAAUCAAAUUGAUCUUUUUAUCACGUAAAUUUUGGAAACUGGAAAGAUUAGGCAAUACAAGGUUGGAUAAGAUUUGUUCAAACACACCCGGUUGUGGUAGAUUGAUUAAAGUUAUGAUAAAAUUGGCAUUCAACCCGGGGUUCCUAAUGUUCAAUGACUUGUUCAAAGGAAGCGAACUAAUGGAAAACACAAAAGUAAUGAACCUCUUCAAGAACUUCUCUGUUCGGGAAUUUUUUAAUCUGGUCAAUAUCAAUACAGCAAUACUUUUCAAGAAUUUUUCCAAUACACGUAAAGGUAUGUAAAGCAAAAUGGUCUCCAACAACUCAAACCCAUACACCUCAUUAAGCUUCGAUGCAAUUAAUUUCUGGAAGAUUCCCAAUAAUGGUGUGACGGUUUCAUGAGUGCUAAACACUUUAUAGUCAUAUUUGAUAAUUGAAAUCAAUAAUCUGGUGAUACCAGGAAUAUUUCCUCUGAAUUGCCAUAAAUUUGGGGACAUGAGUGGUUUAAUGAGCUGGGUGUAUUCCAGGGGAAGAUUCAGUGAUUCAUUUCCUGGCAAUCUCUCUAACAUAUAAGCCAAAACUUGGAAUGUAUAAGGAACAAAUUCUUGAACAUCUUCGUUCAAUAUGUUCAACAAGUUUGGCAAAAUCAACACUAUCAACUCAUUUACUUUAUCAUC